AUGAGUAGAUGUGUAACGGUUCCUUUGAAGAUCAUGUCAGAUGCAUUGAAAUGCUUUGUGCAUGCUUCUGGAUCAGUAAUGUAUGGCACAAGCGUGGUGCAGUGUGUGGAGAUUGUGGGAGUAUGUGUUGAGGAAGGUAGAGGCUAUGCAAAAAUAUUGGAUUUCUGUGGAGAGGUGUAUGUGAGUGUUGCAGAAACACCGAUUGUGCCUGGAGUGUGCUACUCACUGAUAUGCAAGCCAUACAUAAAGAAAGGCGAGAUCAGGCUUCAUUGCAGGUCUGCAAGGAGAGUAUGUGUAUUUGAAGAGAUGUUUUUUUGGGCAGAAGCAUCGAGCUUGAGCAAGAGCAUAUAUUAUUGA